AUGGGCGCCAAAACGGUUCUGGUUACUGGUGCGAACGGCUACAUCGGAAAAGCCGUAGCCUGCGCCUUUGUGCGUGCUGGAUGGGUGACAUAUGGGCUCAUCCGUUCCGUGCAGUCAAGCACAUCACUAACAGCGGAGGAAAUCAUACCAAUCAUUGGCAGUAUUGACGAUGUCGUCUCCCACAAAGCCAUCGGAGCGCUUCUUCCAUCGACUUUGGAUGUAAUCGUUUCUACCACGGAGAACACUUUGGACUACGUGCCGCACUUCCAAAACAUAGUUAGUCUCCUUCAGACUCUGUCAAUAUCCAGCACGGCGAAUGGUGUACGGCCAUUGGUGAUCUUUACCGCAGGAAGUAAAGAUUAUGGCGUUGGACCUCAUCUCUCUGAUGACCCCGGCGUGGCACCACAUGACGAAUUGUCGGACCUUCGUCCACCUCCAUUUGCUGCUGCUCGAGUGCAACAUGCACCAAGAAUCUUUGAGAGCACCAACGCUUUUGCGGCUGUUCUUGUCCGACCGACCAAUGUCUAUGGCCGAGCGUCAAGCUAUUACAGUGUCUGCUUUCGAGCUGGCUCUAGGGCAGCGUCGGCCGAGAACCCACGAGACCGGAUUCUUAUCGCGCCAACACAGCCCAGUUGGAUAUGCCAUUCGCUGCAUAUCGACGACUGCGCCGAGGCAUAUGUUGCCAUCGCUUCUGCACCCCGACAAACCGUCGAGGGUGAGGUAUUCAAUAUCUCAUCCGAGCGUUAUGAAACGGCCGAACAAAUUAUCAACGCAAUAAUCAAAGAGUACGGCAUUGCAGGCGGAGUCAAGUAUGUAAAUCUCAAAGAUGUUGCAACCGAUGAGGAUGCUUCACUGGCAAUGGCGAUUGGCUUUCCACAGUGGACAAGUUCGAAAAAGUUAAGGAUGGCCACUGGGUGGACCGACCAUCGUUUGUCGUUCUCGAGCGCAUUUCAUCUCUACCGACUAUCUUAUGAAGCGGCUGCGCAGCUGAGAGACGAGAAUGUGGGCAAGAUUGGGAAGGCUAUUAACUCACUAAUGUCUACCGUUGAAAGUGUAUGA